GCCGCGCCGCCGCCGGAGGCCGCUUGGAGCUGUGCGAACAUGGCCGAAGUCGGCGAGGACAGCGGGGCCCGCGCCCUGCUGGCGCUGCGCUCGGCGCCCUGCAGCCCCGUGCUUUGCGCCGCCGCCGCCGCCGCCUUCCCCGCCGCCGCCGCCCCCGCGCCCGGGCCCGCCGCGCCGUCGCCGCCGCCGCCCGCCCAGCCCCCGCCCCCGCCCCCGCCGCCGCCGGGCUCGAUCGCCGGGGGCGCGGGGGGCGCGGCGGGCGAGGCCCUGGUGGCCGCGGCGGCCGCCUCGGUGCGCCGGAGCCCCGGGCCCGCGCUGGCGCGCCUGGAGGGCCGCGAGUUCGAGUUUCUCAUGCGGCAGCCCAGCGUCACCAUCGGUCGCAACUCGUCGCAGGGCUCGGUGGACCUGAGCAUGGGCCUGUCCAGCUUCAUCUCGCGACGCCACCUGCAGCUCAGCUUCCAGGAGCCGCACUUCUACCUGCGGUGCCUCGGCAAGAACGGCGUCUUCGUGGACGGGGCCUUCCAGCGUCGCGGCGCGCCCGCCCUGCAGCUGCCCAAACAGUGCACCUUCCGCUUCCCCAGCACGGCGAUAAAGAUCCAGUUCACGUCGCUGUACCAUCAGGAGGAGGCCCCGGCGUCCCCCCUCCGGCCGCUCUACCCGCAGAUCUCCCCGCUGAAGAUCCACAUCCCGGAGCCGGACCUCCGGAGCCUGGUCAGCCCCGUCCCCUCCCCGACUGGCACCAUCAGCGUCCCCAACUCCUGCCCGGCCAGCCCCCGAGGGGCCGGGUCCUCCAGCUACCGCUUCGUCCAGAACGUGACCUCGGACCUGCAGCUGGCGGCAGAGUUUGCCGCGAAGGCCGCCUCGGAGCAGCAGGCCGACGCGUCCGGAGGGGACAGCCCCAAGGACGAGUCGAAGCCGCCGUACUCCUACGCACAGCUGAUCGUGCAGGCCAUCUCCUCGGCACAGGACCGGCAGCUGACGCUGAGUGGCAUCUAUGCACACAUCACCAAGCAUUACCCCUACUACCGGACGGCCGACAAGGGCUGGCAGAAUUCCAUCCGCCACAACCUCUCUCUGAACCGCUACUUCAUUAAGGUCCCUCGCUCCCAGGAGGAGCCCGGGAAGGGGUCCUUUUGGCGGAUAGACCCCGCCUCCGAGGCCAAGCUCGUGGAGCAGGCGUUCCGGAAGCGGAGGCAGCGGGGCGUCUCCUGCUUCCGCACCCCCUUCGGGCCGCUGUCGUCCAGGAGCGCCCCAGCUUCACCCACCCACCCCGGGCUCAUGUCCCCGCGUUCCAGUGGCCUGCAGACUCCAGAGUGCCUGUCCCGGGAGGGCUCACCCAUUCCGCAUGACCCUGACUUUGGGGCAAAGUUAGCUUCUGUUCCCGAGUAUCGGUAUUCCCAAAGCGCACCCGGCUCUCCCGUCAGCGCCCAGCCGGUGAUCAUGGCCGUGCCGCCCCGACCGCCCAAUCUGGUGGCCAAGCCCGUCGCCUACAUGCCGGCUUCCCUAGUGACGGCCCAGCAGCCCUCGGGCCACGCCAUCCACGUGGUGCAGCAGGCGCCCCCUGUCACCAUGCUCAGGGUGGUCACCAGCUCCGCCAGCUCUGCCAACGGCUACAUCCUCGCCAGCCAGGCCUCGGCGGGGGCGGCCCACGAAGCGGCGGGCACGGCUGUGCUGGACCUGGGCAGCGAGGCGAGAGGCUUGGAAGAGAAGCCCACCAUCGCGUUUGCCACCAUCCCUGCCGCCAGCCGAGUGAUCCAGACGGUGGCCAGCCAGAUGGCCCCAGGGGUCCCCGGACACACGGUCACCAUCCUGCAGCCGGCCACACCAGUGACCAUCGGGCAGCACCACCUUCCGGUCCGGGCCGUCACUCAGAACGGCAAGCACACCGUCCCCACGAGUAGUCUAGCCGGCAGCGCUUACGCCCUCGCCAGCCCCCUGCAGCUCCUCGCAGCUCAGGCUAGUUCAUCCACCCCGGUGGUGGUCACGCGUGUGCGCGAGGUGGGGCCUGAGGAGCCGGCAGCAGCGGCAGCAGCGGCGGCCACCAGCACCGCCGCCUCCGGCGCCUCCGCUUCUCCCCCCGGGGAGCCCGAGCUCAAGAGGUCCCGAGUGGAGGAGCCCAUGGGGACUGUGACCACGCAGGCCGGGGCGAUUGCGGCCGCCGGCCCACAGGGCCCCGGGACCGGGGAGUGACGUCGCCGGCGUGGAGGUGGAGUGGGACACACGCCAAAAGGAGUUCCGGAGCUGGGCCAAGGCGGCCGACACCACCGCCGCUCGGGACCGAGAUGAGAGGGCUCCACGCGGACCGAGCUCGGUGCCAAACGGGCAGGACGCCUCCGUCCACGUGCACCCGGACACACUCAUCCUCCCGGCGUCUUAUCUCCUGCCCCUGCUCUGGUUUAAAACAAAAACCCAUAAAAACGUUCAGACAGCUGAUUGUACGGUUCUGGGAAUUCUUUGUUUUCGUUUCUUUCUCCCCCCAGCAGCACCUUUUCUCCCCAUGCCUUUCGUCAAGGGCGUGGGGAGAAGGUGGUAGCUCAGCGUCUCCGGGACCACGUCCAGGCGGCCCCGACCCCGCACAGGAGCCAGGCUCCCAGAGCAGCCUUCGCCCCGAGGACGGGACAGGAUGCAGCCUGCUGCAGACGGGCCUCCAAAAGAGAGCACAGGCCUGGGGAUCCAGCCCUGUUUGCAAGAGAUUGGAAAGAGGCGAGAGAAAGGCAGCGCCGCCCAAUUGCAGACUGUCCUAUGGUUUCUUCUCCUAAAAGUGACGUAGAAAGUAUUGGCAUUAAUGGGACGGAGGGGAGGGGCCUGGUCUGGCUUUGGGCCCCAAGUGUUUCUGGUUUUGUUGAAACACGGAAUUCAGGCUUCGUCGUCAACCUGAGACAGACACAGAAGGGAUCAUCUGUUUUUGCGGUUUUCAUCUGUAGAUGGUUUAGCGGCCGUAGGUCUGGGCUUCUUACUGGCAUUAAUCCCACGGAGAGUAAACCUGCCGCUCUGUCUGUUAACUUCAAGAAAGACUGACGGCCUCCCGGACUGGUGUUCAAGGCAGAAAGUUGUUCACACGAAGGUCCACCUGAGCCGGCGGCUGCAGCGUCUGACCUGCGUCCCGGCCACACGGGGGACAUGCGGCCACUGGUCCUUGGGGGAAGGAGGUGGCCGCUCGACAGGACUGUCACGUCGAGUGGCCCCCGUUUCCCAGUGGCUCUGAUGGCCGGCUGCCACGCGGCCGCUCACCAGGCUUUAUCCCCAGGUUCCAGUGUCUUCACUGCCCGACAGACUGCCUGGCGUUUCCCAUCGGAACCGUGUCUGCUGCCCGCGGCGCCGGAGGCCCUGGGCUCGGCCCGCAGCUCGCGCCGGCUCGGUGGGACCCCCUGCGCCCCCCGGAGACGUGAGCAGACCAGGGGGAGCCUGCAGGCCUUCGGCUUCGCUGGGAGCACGUUCUCAGGAAAUGUUACGCACGUCUCUGAAAAGUGGCUUUCAACUUGGCCUGGCGCCCCGCGUCGGACCUUCCGCACGAGCUCCAGGGGCCCCGGUGGAAACGGUUCCUCCCUCACGGAGCGCCGUCCACAUCAGGGCCCCGACGGCAGCGCCACCGCAGGGCCAGGUGUGGCCAGGUGCUCUAGCUGUCGCGGUUGUCCCCGCAUGCCUGGCCCGGGAAACGCCUGGUCCGGCGUCCGCGGCACUGAACCCCACGUGGGAAGCAGCUCUCCUGUGACGUGGCCAAGACGGGGAGGGGUGGUGCCUCGGCCCCGUUCCCGCCCGGUGGUGAGAGGCGCUCACGACCCGCUGACGUUCUGUGUUGUGUCGCGUGGACUGUGUCUUUGGCCGCGCCGUGUGUGUGUGGGCGAGUGUGAGAGCGAGUGAGGCCGAGGCGGGCGCCCCGACGCCGGUGGCCUGGCCCCCGUGGGUCCUCGGCCAGGGCUCCGGGGCGGCCAUCGCUUCCUUCCCCUUUGUUGCUGCUCGGUCCCGGGGCCGCGCAGGCCUCCCGCAGGGGCUUUUUGCUCACGAGCUGUCCUCCUCGGGAGAGCUGGCGCCCCCCGCGGAGGACAGACUCCCAGGACAGCUGAGGCCAUGGGACGCCCUCAGCCCCGGGCCUCGCUGCUCGGUCUGGCCAGUCUGGCCCUGACCCUGUGCUUCCCUGACUUCUGAGCUGCUUUGGUUUCUGUCUGUUAUCAGCGGCGAUCCCACUGUUUAUUCUGGCCGUGGUUCAGGGAGAAGGGAGUGGAGGGGGGUGACUGGAACCGGAAGGGAGACAGGACAGGGUACCCUUCGGUGACAUUCUGCCACGUGGAGAGCUUGCUCCUUUUUUGCUCCUUCUGGGAAGGAGAAGAAGGGACCCUGUGGAGCCUGGCCUCGGGGGACCUACCACUCCAGGUUCACGGUAUGCUUCCGGAUGGGCCUUUGGUCACCUGACCAGAUGGCAUGCGUGGCUCCUGCCAGCACUUGUCCUGGGGCUGGUAGCCAGGGGGCCCAGGAGUGGCCAGCUCCCCAGGGAAGACGCAUGUCGCGGCCGGAAGGGUCGCCGAUGUCCUCAGAUGGUUCCACACCCCCUCCCCCCGCCAGACCCGUCCAGGGGAGCAAGGGCGGCAGGCCAGAGCGACAGCGGAGCUGCCGCCCUCAGGGCCUGGCGCCGUGGCCCGCCACAGGCAUGCGCUGCGGUGCGUGGGCUGAGCCAGCUGAGACUGGGACAGGAAGCGCGAGCAAGUCGACCUGGCCUGAUGGUCGUGUCACUGCAGCCUCAGGGCGCCCAGGGGCUGGGAUCUGCGCAGAGGAUCAGCCAGGCGGGUGCAGCUCGGGGCGGGGCACUUGGGCCCCUCUUGUCACAGCGGCUCCCUCUCUAUCCGGGUACCUGGGUCCACCUGUCUGGCUGUGCUUGACGAGUCAGCACCUUUAUCAGUGCCAGAUACAGGGAAACAUGCUCUGCACAGGAAGGAAGUCACGAAAUCACUGCUCUUAAACAGCUGAGUGUCUCCCCCAAGACAGUUGGGUCCAGCGUCGGAAGUGGGAAGGGCUGCACCUAAGAGCUCAUCAGCUGUGCCGGAGUGAACACCGAGUGUCCCUCGUCCGCCACCUGCAGCUCUCUCUCCACGUGAAGCUCCCAGUCACACAGCGCCGUCGAGGGCAGAACCUGUGAUCAGUGCUCAGACAGUCUAUCCAGCUUCACUUCUUCUUAGGUCCGUGAAGGGUACACAGCCUGCAUUCCCCAUGAGAUGAGAGUCGUGCUGGGGGGCGGGGGGGGCGGGUCCCUAGGCCGGGCACCGUCGUCUCUGCCUGCAUUCCCCAUGAGAUGAGCGUCGUGCUAGGGGGCGGGGGGCGGGGGGGCGGGUCCCUAGGCCGGACACCGUCGUCUCUGACUCGCUCGCUGCAGGGGGGCCUCCGGUCUCCCUCCCAGGGCCUGGCUGGUUCAUGUUUGGGGUUUGCUGUUUGUGGGAGUUUGGUGAGAGUGGAUUUCUGAGUUGCCAAACGUGCAUCGGUGAUUCUCAAGCUGGAAGGGAAUGGGUUUGUGGGGGGCCCCCGGGCUGCCUGGCCCCUUCUCUGGACCUCGCUGGUCCUGGCGAAAGACUAGUUCAAGGUCGCAGACAUCGUUCAGCUAAUGCUCUUACUUCCUCUAAAGGUAGCUCUGCGUGGACCAUUCCGAGUGAGCUGUGCAUCUCCUGGGGCGUGUUGUGAGAUCUCUGUGGACAGAAACCCCUUUCUUUGGCAGCUUGGAGUUCAGAAGGAGGAGAAAGACUUUUUUUUGGCUUUUUACUUUGGUCGGUUUCUUCCUUUAUGCAGACAAAGAACAGACCAAAUGUGAGAGCGUGUUAGAGAAGAGAGGUUUGUUCGCGGGCCUUUCAGGGUUUAGACUUAACAUCCAGUUGAUGCAGGGGAAUGAGCUGUUUUUCUCCAAAUGCCUCAAGUUCUGCUCUGCCCUGGGAUGGCUUCAUCUGGGAUGAGGGACCGUCGUGCCCCCGGGAACGGGCUUCGGGCGCCACAGACCGUGGCGGCCGCCCCUUGCUUCAGUGCCGAGUAAACAGUGUGCUGCUUGUUCUAGAAUAAGUUACCCAAGAUGAUCACGAGGCUCUGCAAGUAGAAACGGCCAGAGUCGCUAGACCGAGGCCCCGUCCCCGCGUGGCUGACAGUGAAAGUGGCUUCUCCACGGCUGCUCGAAGCCGCCCUCCUGAUACCUCUGCCAAGAGACCAUGGUGUUUAAUAAGAGCAUCAUUUAAACCAUUCACACGUGCUGCUGUAAAGGCGGGAGGGCCCCAGAGGGAGGGAGGGCGGCCCGGGGCUGGGGUGCGGUGGGCACAGCGGUGAUUUCUGUCCGUGGUCCUCAGGUUGCUGCCCCAUGUUUUAGAAACUACUCUCAUCUCCCAGGUUCCUUUCUCGAGGCCUUGUUUCCCACGUUAGGGUUCAAAGUGCUCAGGACGCAGCUCUCGCCGUUGCGUGUGUGCCCGCCCUUCCUGCCGGGGCCCCGCUGCUUGGGUUUUCUUUUACCACCAGAAGCUGCUCCCUCUGGGUCCAACGGCGGCGGGUCUGGGCCCGACGCCUGCAGGUGUCCUCGGCCAUCGGUAACUGCGCGGCCCCUCGGGUGACCUUGUCCGACUGUGAGGGUCUCUGUGGAGAGCGGCCACCCGCUCUGUCCAGCCCCGGAGUCACAGCCACUCUUCAGCGCGGGGUGUGUGACACACCACCAGCAUUUCCUCCGAACGGGAAUAGAAAACGGGCCGUCUGCCGAGUGUGUUUAGGGAAGGUAGUUUUUGCUCAUAUGCUGCAAAGAAAGGACGGUCACUUGCCGAGUUGUCGCGCCCCCAGCACUGCCGGGCUGUCGGGGGCGUCUCUGCGGAAGGCCUCCCAGCCGGGCUCAGGCCGCAGCUCAGCCCUGCCUCCGCGGGGACGGUCCCCUCAUGCCAUCAGACCGCGUCCUGCUGCGCCACCACCAUCCCCCGCCGCCCCCACCCUGCGCCUGCCCCGGGGGCACAGGGCGACUCAGCAGAAGAGAGAGGUUGGAAGGGUUCGUGCCUCUGGGUGUGACGAGACCCCCGUGUCCCCAUCACAUCUGAGUGGAUGUCUGAGCAGCUGCUGUGGGAAAACUGUCCCUGUUCCUGCCCCGAGCAGCACGGUGCCCCUGCCGCCUGCUGACGGGAGGCCUCCUGCGGACUGGCCGCGGGCCAGGAGCAGGGCGCUGGUGCUGUGUUCUCAGUGGGGCCGGAAUGAAGACCUCCUCGAGCGAGGGAGCCUCAGGACCCUCAGUGUCUUUUCCUUUCCCUAACGGUUUUCGCUGCUCAGUGUUUUAGAAGAGAGUGAAGGCAGCAGUCACUUCGUUUCUAGGCUUCUUUCUUUCUCUCCAGGGAGGAGCCCCACUCAGAGGAUUUCGUUCAUUCCUUGUACCUGCUUACCAUGCUGGUAGCGAUUGGGAAGAGGUCGAGAGAAGACGAAGCGGACACGCUUCUCCACUUGGGCUGACGUGCCCAAAACUGGCUGCAUGGGGCCCGCACCCCCGGCCGGAUGAGACAGGGUGUCUUCAGUUUAUGUCUCUGGGUUUUCGCCUCCCUUUCACGUCCAAGGGAGACGUGAGAGGUCUCCAAACUACUCUCGCCUUUUUGCCCCAACCCGGUUAUUUUAAGAGUCAAGAUAGAAUUGGAAGAAUUCUAGUUCAUUAUUCUUUAUUUGAGAAUCUUUUCCGGAAUCGUUGCCUCGUUUGAUUCGUCCAAAUACUUAUUGGUGGUUUACUCUGUGUCAGAAACAGUAAAAAGUGCAGGGGAGGCCAGACCCUAGAGGGACAGGGCCAUUCAGACCUGCGACCCCGCCCCCGCGGUUAACGUUCCAGUGGCCUGACACUUCAAAAAGAUUCUGUGCUUCCUGUGUAAAGGUUUUCUUACCUGCAGUAAUAGGACUUGCUCCCCUGAGCUGGUGCCCAGAGCCACGAGGAGUGCUGUGACCUGUCCCCAGAUCCUGAACGUACCGGCUGAGCUGGGAUGAGGCCUGUGCCUCUGAAAUGGAAUUUUUGUGCAUGAAGUGAAGUGGCCUGAAGGCGAUCGAGCUACGCCUGUGGCCUCUUAAGAGCUUCGCCUCUGAAUUUCUGGGUUAACUGGGCCAAAAAGAAUUUUUUAAUAAGUAAAAAUAGGGUUUAAAACUCCCAACACUUUAAGCUUGGCCCUUACCUCCUCCCUUCCCAGCUUCCUUUCAGGAAGGGCUUUCUGAAUACCUAGUAGCCCAGAACUGGCUCGAUUUCUAGCUCAGGACGGGGAUCCGGGAGGAAAGAAGGAAGUGUGUCCCUGCUCGUGGCUUACACUCGGGCCCUGACCUUGGGCAGCUUGGUGCACGUGGGGGAGGGUUAAACCCAGCACGGAUUGUUCCUUCUUCUCUGACUGAGAGUUCUCCUGUAAAGAUCAUUUGGGGGGGGGGGGGCGGGUGUUGUCAGGGGCGUGUCUGUGCGAGUGGUUGUUUUUUUUUUUUUUUUAAUGGUGUCUGUCUAGAGUGUUUUUCACGAUAUGUUUAAUCAUCAGUGCUUUAAAAAGUGGUGGUAUCCUGUACAGUGAAUUAGGUCCCAGAGCGUUGGAUGGUAGAGUGUGAUCGGGCCUGUGGGACACCCAGGAGGGUCGGCACAAACCCCGGCACGGGGACGAGCGGACGGGGUGGGGCCCACCGCAGCUGGGCCGGCCUGCGUUUUCAUUUCAAAUGGGAUACAGUAUUUUUUUUUUUAAAGUUUGAGAUCUGAAUGUGAUUUCUAAUUGUACCAGACGUUAAUGUUUUAAAGCUAUAACAAAGUUUAAAAUUUCUACUUUUUGUUUCUCAUUUAUUUUAACUGUUCUUUUAUCUAUUAAAUCGUUGUAUGUGGAUGGGGAAGUUUUGUUUCUCCUCUUAGCAUUUGUUUCUAUAACCAGAAAUAAAAUUAUAUAUUAAAGAAACGA